GAGCUGAGACACCACAGCACUAAUCACUAACCAUCCCAACAGAAUGCCCACUAAGUCCAAUCUGUCUUCCUUUUAUCCCCAGCAUCCUUUGAGUAAUUGUCAAGGCCGUUUCAGACAACCGGGUACAAGGUAGCAGUAGCAGUUAGUACAUAUAUAUAUUGCCCAUUCCUCUUGCCCACCCAUCCAUCAGGACCAUCACUACCACCACUUCACCACCAAACCCAACCAAGAACAAGUUUUCAGGGGCAAAUUAAGAAGAGCUUGGUGACGAUAUGAGCACGGCGAGGUUCAUCAAGUGCGUCACCGUCGGCGACGGCGCCGUCGGCAAGACAUGCAUGCUCAUCUCCUACACCAGCAACACUUUCCCCACGGAUUAUGUGCCGACGGUUUUCGACAACUUCAGCGCCAACGUGGUCGUCGACGGCAACACGGUGAACCUUGGGCUCUGGGAUACUGCUGGACAAGAGGAUUACAAUAGGCUGAGGCCUCUCAGCUACAGAGGAGCUGAUGUCUUUUUACUAGCAUUUUCCCUCAUCAGCAAAGCGAGCUAUGAGAAUAUUCACAAGAAGUGGAUACCAGAGCUGAGGCAUUAUGCUCCUAAUGUGCCAAUCGUAUUAGUUGGAACCAAGCUUGACUUGCGUGAGGACAAGCAGUUCUUCCUGGACCACCCUGGUCUAGCACCUAUUUCCACUGCACAGGGGGAGGAGCUGAAGAGGAUGAUAGGUGCUGCGGCGUACAUCGAAUGCAGCUCCAAGACGCAGCAGAAUGUGAAAUCAGUAUUCGACUCGGCGAUCAAAGUUGUACUUUGCCCGCCAAAGCCGAAGAAGAAGAACACCAGGAAGCAGAGGAGUUGCUGGAUCCUAUGAGUGAUAAACAGCAAGAUUGGCGUAUUCCGCAGGAAACCUGUAUUAUUUUUACAGUGUGUGUUGUGUUAUGUUUGUGUGUUGCAGAUUAGAUGCAGUUUGGGUUACAAAAUUUGCUGGGUCUGAAAUAUUCAGCUCAGUGCUUCUUGAGUACUACCUCUGAUGAUUCUUACAAAAGUGUUCUUUGGUUGGUUCAGAUAUAUAUAUUAUGAUUAUUAUUUACUCUGUAGCUACUACCUUUUACUUUUUUGUCUUUCCAGUACAAUUAGUUGUUGAGAGUCCUUGAUACCUUUCUUAAUCAAAUUGGACUUUUGCAAUCUGUAUUGCUUAUCUCAUCAAUGUCGUAUACAAAGGCAUCCUUUUGCA